UGCCCCAUCAUUGGUGUCAGUGGGUAGAAUAGUGCCCCAUCAUUGGUGUCAGUGGGUAGAAUAGUGCCCCAUCAUUGGUGUCAGUGGGUAGAAUAGUGCCCCAUCAUUGGUGUCAGUGGGUAGAAUAGUGCCCCAUCAUUGGUGUCAGUGGGUAGAAUCGUGCCCCAUCAUUGGUGUCAGUGGGUAGAAUCGUGCCCCAUCAUUGGUGUCAUGGGUAGAAUCGUGCCCCAUCAUUGGUGUCAGUGGGAAGAAACGUGCCCCAUCAUUGGUGUCAGUGGGAAGAAACGUGCCCCAUCAUUGGUGUCAGUGGGAAGAAACGUGCCCCAUCAUUGGUGUCAGUGGGAAGAAACGUGCCCCAUCAUUGGUGUCAGUGGGAAG